AUUAAUUUGAACUUGGACAAACAAUGUACAAAUAUACAAAUCAGUCUUUUGGGAAUGUAAAGAAUUUGAAUAAAAGACUUCGACAGCAAGUGUCAAUGUCUCAAGAAGAAGGUCCUUUCCGAUUUAGACAUAAAAAUGAUAUAAAUAACACUCAACUGCUUACAAAAAGAUCAAAAUUUUAUAAUACCUCUGAUAAAACUAAAAGCGUGGUUAGAAAUUCUUUAUCUCGCUUUAAGCCUCCUUCCAGUACUAAAGGAGCUACACAAAUUACAAGAAAGAGUAAAAUUCGAGCUCGUACAAUUAUCUCAAAAGACAAAAGAUACUCUGCAAUGAAUGUUAUUAAGAGCUUCUUUGGAAGUGCAAAAACCUCUCCUAGUUUUAAGAAAAAUUCAAAAGAAAUCCACAAUAAUGAAAAACCUCUUUCAGUGUCUCCAAAGAGAACUUCAUCGAAGAUGUCUACUCGUAAGAACUUUACCAAAAAGUCUACAAUAAAAGAUCAAGUGACCAUCUCAGAAUAUGAGAUUAAUAAAAAAUGGCAUGAGUACGAAAAUGUAAAGAUGAAAUAUAACCUCCCAUCUACCAAGAAGAAUACUAACGGAAAGGAUAUCUUUACCUUCUCUAGCCCGAAAAUGGGGGUAGGACCUUCAAACCCUGCUACUAACAAAGGAGUGAACCUAAGUACCAUGAGUUCCUUUAGAGGGCCAAAUCAGUUAUCACUAAUAACUAACUCAUUUGAUUCCCGCAUGGGAGGGCCAGAGAGCUUCACGAAAAAUAUUGUCAAAAGGAAGAAAAAUAAGCUAUCGACUUUAACAUGACAAGAUAUUUUACUCAGAUCCUCUUCAAUCCACAAAUGCUGUGAGUGAGAACUAACGGAUAUCGACUGUUCGAUAAAUAUGUAUAAAAACGAACUAAAUAUUUUAAAGCAGUCAAACCUCAUUAUCACGGAAGAGGUCAGGCAACUUAAGGAGCUCAAUGGCCAACUCAUAGACAAACUUCAUAGAUUUGAGGAUGCAGAAGCUACUAACCUUGACAAUCACAUAGAGUAUAGCGAAAUUGAAGAUGGAUUUGAUAAGAUAUGAAAGAACUUCAGUGACGAAGUUGACCCUUCGCUAGGUCACACUAGUGUCAGAAAAGUCACUAAGAAAAUGCUACUAUACCUUCAACAAUUUUGUUAUGAACAACUUUCAGAAAUCAAAUGAAAUUAUGCAUCAAAAAUUGAUAAAAUAAAGAAAUCUUUUACCGAAGAAAUUGAAUUCCUUUCUGAAGCACUGGCUUCAGCCAGCAAAACAUCACUGGAUUUAAAGAAAGAUUUUGAGAGAAAUCAUACUAAGAAUGAAGUCCAAGAUAUAGACAAUAGCGGAAAAGCCUCAGAGCUUGAAACUCUCUUACAGAAAUCUUUUUGUGAACUACAAGAGUGCAAAUCCAAGUUGGAAACUACAGAAUCUGACCUAGUCAAAGCUAAAGAUAUUCAAGAAGCCCUUGAGACCCAAGUUGUCAAAUUGAAGGAUAAGGUUGGAUAUGAGAAGGAUGCAAAAGAAACUUACAAGCAGAGGCUUGAAGAAAUAGAAACAAAGUAUCAAAAUGUCAGUAUCUCUACCAUGCAUACACAGCUUGCUUCUUUAAAGACCCAGUUAGAUCUUCAAAAGCUUGAAGAUGCUAAGAAAUUGUAUGAUAAAGAUAAAAAAUUGAAGAAGGCAAUCCAAGCUUUGAAGUCUUUCCAGUGCCAAAGGCGUACUGGUGUAAUACAGUUACCUCCAAAUCUUGGUAAUGAGGAGACAGCUGAUCCUGCCGAGUCUUCAGACUCUGAAGAUGUCAGUCCAAUUGAGAUAGAUGGUCAUAAAUUCAUCUCCCGAACUAACAUUGGGACUCUAAGUGAGCAAGAUGAAGAUCCUGCAGAAAUUGAACGAAAUAUUAAAAAGAUGUUUGAUGAAGAAGAAGCUGCUAAAAAGAAGAAAGAAGAAGAAGUAGCAGAGCCUGAAAUAGUAGAAUUAUCAAAUAGCCAAAAAUAUAAGAGAAUAGAGCUGUAUCAGGUUGAUCGAACAAAAUUCGAAAAAGCUAUAUCUAAAAAUCCUAAUUUAAACGGUCUUUACUAG